UGUACUGAUUAUCUUCCAUGCAUAGGACUAUGACGCGAACAAUACUUUGGAUAUCUCGCUCACUUACCCAAAUUCCACCACCAAGCAAACCAUCCUCAAUGACAUUCCGACCGAUCAAGGAGUGGCAGUUUUCACCUCUCCCCACCACCUUGCCAACGGAGACUACAUCAUCUCCUUCAGCGUCAAGCCCAAUGGCGGGGAUGAAGCUUCCAACUUUUCCGUCUGGCACGGCAUCGAGCCGCCUCUGGAUGAGGACGUCAAGUGGAGUGUCUAUGGCCAAGCCGAGGAUGACACCGGUGGAUCGGGUGAUGAUUCCGCUGUGAGCUUGCUAUCACCAAGGUAGAAAAGAACUGACAGAUGUGCGAUAGGCGCCCCACGGGAUCAGCAAGGGUAUGAUCCCUUAUGUCCUUUCCUUUGCAGGAUUGGCUUUGGGCGUGCAUGCCUUCUUUUAGAAACCUCUUCGAGAGUCUUCUGAUACAGAGGCUUCUGUGAAUAUAGCGCAAUGGACAGAUAGCUUGA